CCUCGACGGCGCGUUGCCUGAGGUAACAAAGAUGGCGGCGCCGGCGAGGCCCAUAUGGUUUGCGGCGAGGCAGUUGCUGCCGGUGGUCCGGGCGAGCCACCUGGAUGUGAGGCGUUGCGUCCGGGCGCUGCGGCGGAGCCCGGUGAGAGUAGUGUUUCCCUCCGGAAAGGUGGAGGAACGGAAGCGCGCUCCUGAACAGCAGCCCCGCAAGACGGCCUCUGAGGCCAGGUCCCAGGAGCAGCGACAGAAACAGCCACUUGAGACAUCCCCAUCCCACACACCUCACACCUGGGAAGAGGCAGGGCUUCGCUACGAUAAGGCGUCUCCGGGGGACAGGAGGCUGAGCAGUGUAAUGACAAUAGUUAAGUCCAGGCCAUUUCGGGAAAAGCAAGGGAAGAUCCUACUGGAAGGUCGCAGGCUGAUUGCAGAUGCCCUCAAGGCUGGAGCUGUGCCCAAAGUGUUCUUUUUCAGCCGCCUGGAAUACGUAAAGGAGUUGCCAGUCGAUAAGCUGAAAGGUGUCAGCCUCAUUAAGGUGAAAUUUGAGGAUAUCAAGGAUUGGUCCGACCUAGUAACACCACAAGGAAUAAUGGGGAUUUUUGCCAAGCCUGAUCAUGUUAAGAUGACAUAUCCAAAGACUCAGCUUCACCAUUCACUGCCCUUAGUGUUGAUUUGUGACAAUCUUCGUGAUCCUGGGAACCUAGGGACAAUUCUGAGAUCUGCAGCUGGAGCAGGCUGCAGUAAAGUCUUACUCACCAAAGGCUGUGUGGAUGCCUGGGAGCCCAAAGUGCUACGGGCAGGGAUGGGGGCACAUUUCCAGGUACCCAUUGUGAACAAUCUGGAAUGGGAAACAGUGCCCAAUUACUUGCCGCCUGACACCCGGGUCUAUGUGGCAGACAACUGUGGUCUCUAUGCCCAGGCUCAGAUAUCUAAUAAAGCUAGUGACCGCAACCAGGCAUGUGAUCGCCGAUUCCUGAAGUUUCACAAGUAUGAAGAAGAGGAGGACCUAGACACCAAAACCAGUAAAGACUGGCUUCCUGAACUUGAGGUCCAGAGUUAUGAUUUGGACUGGACAGAGGCACCAGCAGCUGUGGUGAUAGGUGGGGAGACACAUGGUGUGAGCCUGGAAUCCCUGCAGUUGGCUGAGAGCACUGGGGGCAAGAGGCUUCUGAUCCCCGUUGUGCCUGGUGUGGACAGCCUGAAUUCAGCCAUGGCCGCAAGCAUCCUGCUAUUUGAAGGGAAAAGGCAGCUGCGGAUAAAGGCAGAACACUUGAGCAGGGACAGGAGCUACCACUGAGGGAACACAGAAGUCUUCAGUGGAAGGGUGCCUCCAGCUCCUGCUACACCUGAACCAUGUUAGGCUGGCCAAGAAGGCAGCACAGGAGGCAGGAGGUAGGCAUUGUCUCCAUUAUGUGGUUACUGGGAGAUAAGAAUUUCUGUUAGUUUCUGCCAUUCCUCAUUAAACAGCAAAAGUCACAA